AUGGCUGCCCGAACGCUUCGCAUAGGCCUCAUCCCCGGCGACGGCAUCGGCAAAGAAGUCAUCCCCGCCGGUCGCCGCAUCCUCGAGGCGCUGCCUGCAUCGCUCAAACUGAAAUUCGAAUUCGUCAAUCUUGAAGCCGGAUUCGAAACCUUCGAGAAAUACGGCGCCGCCCUCCCAGACAAGACCGUCGACAUCCUCAAGAAAGAGUGCGAUGGCGCGCUCUUCGGCGCCGUCAGCUCGCCCUCCAAGGCGGUCAAGGGCUACUCCUCGCCCAUCGUCGCAUUGCGCAAGCGCCUGGACCUGUACGCGAACGUCCGACCCGUCAAGAGCGUCAUGACGGCCAAGAACCCCAUCGACAUGGUCAUCGUGCGGGAGAACACCGAGGAUCUGUACGUGAAGGAGGAGAAGACCUAUGAAGCGGCCGAUGGCAGCGGGAAGGUUGCCGAGGCCACCAAGAGGAUUUCCGAGCGGGCUUCAUACAGAAUCGCGACUAUGGCCGGCCAGAUUGCGGAGCGCCGACAGAAGCUGCGGGAGAGUGGUGUUGCGAGCAUACACAAGGCGCCGAUGGUCACCAUUACCCACAAGUCGAAUGUCUUGAGCCAGACCGAUGGACUCUUCCGCUCCACUGCCCGCGAGGCCUUGGCCAAGUUUCCGAGUCUGGGCGUGGAGGAGCAGAUCGUCGACUCGAUGGUCUACAAGCUCUUCCGCCAGCCAGAGACUUACGAUGUCAUUGUUGCGCCCAACUUGUACGGAGAUAUCUUGUCAGAUGGAGCUGCUGCCUUGGUCGGCUCGUUGGGACUGGUGCCGAGUGCCAAUGUUGGAGAGGGCUUCGCAAUUGGAGAGCCAUGCCACGGAAGCGCUCCGGAUAUCAUGGGCCAGAAUAUCGCCAACCCCAUUGCAACGUUGAGAAGUGUGGCCUUGAUGCUGGAGUUCUUAAACGAAGAGACGGCUGCCGCCAAGAUAUAUGCUGCGGUUGAUGCCAACCUGGAGGAGGGCAAGUACUUGAGUCCUGAUCUGGGAGGAAAGGCUUUGACGAGUGAGGUGGUGGACGAUAUCCUGAGACGAUUAUAG